AUAUAUAUAUAUAUAUAAAUUUUAAAACAUAUUUUGUGUUAAAAUGCUUGGUUAUGUUAGCAAUUUGCUCGUGUCGUUUUGACUUUUUUUGAUUUGAUUUUUAACAAUCAUGAAAUGAUGUAUUCAUCCGGAAAUAAAGAAGUAUAAUCAUAAUAUUCGUUUUCAGACCUCUGUCGCCCUUAGUCGUGAAACAGAGGAACUGUAUUAAUUUUAUAUAAUUUAUUCUAUUAUAAUUCUAAAACAGGAUGGGUAUCCCAGGCUUAACAACUUUCAUCGAAAAUCGAGCAGAUUUGUACAUGGAUGACUGCAAACUUCACGACACAAACCUUGUUAUAGAUGGAAACUCUUUAGCAUGUCAAAUAUACCAGCAGUGUGGCUCAAACAUGUGUUUUGGUGGAGAUUAUGAUAAGUAUGGAAACAUCCUUAUGAUGUUCUUUGAGGCCCUCUUUAAAUGUAAAAUCACACCUUAUAUAGUGUUUGAUGGUGGUUAUGAAACAAGAAAGAUGAAGACUAUUAUUGUGCGUAUGAAGAACAGAAUACAGGCUGCAGAAAAGAUGAGCAAAAUGUAUAAUCACCAUGCUAGUGUUUUCCCACUGUUUAUUCGUGAAACACUAAGAGAUAUUGGACUCAAAUGGGAAGUUAACAUGGUACAGUGUGAUUUUGAAGGUGAUACAGAUAUAGCUAAUAUUGCACGAAGAUUGGGAUGCCCUGUACUUAGUUAUGAUUCUGAUUUUUAUAUUUUUGAUGGAUUAUAUAUACCGUUCUCAAGACUUGAUAUGACUGUAAGAAGAAAUGUUGAUUUGACCACAAAAAUGCAAUAUAACUUCCUGAACUGCAAAAUAUAUAAUGUAGAUAAGUUCUUAUGCUCAUAUGGAAGAGUGGAUAAAAGCAACUUGCCUCUACUAGCAGUGCUCUUAGGCAAUGACUAUGUAAAAAGAAGCACAUUUUCAAUGUUUUAUCAGAACUUGAAAACCCAAAGUUGUCAUGGAAGGCACAAGAGUGAAUCACAAAAUCGUAUAAAGUCUGUAUUAGUUUGGCUUGAAAAUGAAACUAGAGAAAGUGCUAUCAUCAAGGUGCUUGGCAGAUAUAAGAAAGAGAAGAGGCAGAGAAUAUUAGAUAAUAUAAAUAAUGCCAUCAAAGGAUAUAAUUGUUUUGAUAGCAUAUAUUUGAAGUAUUUAGAUUUGCCCUGAAAUGGUACCAGAGGACCAUCUACAGGUUAGCUACAGAGCAGUGUUACCAGGAAUUUCCCCACCAGAUGUCAAAUCCAAGGAAGAAUGCAUUGACUUCGAUAAAUUGGGGGACAUUGAAGAACCCUCAGAACCUGAAGAAGAUAAUGAAAAGCAUUCUGAAAGUGAUUGUGAUCAAGAAAUAAUUUUCCCCGAAGACCAAGAGGAUUCAACAUUACCUACUGUAUUCAAAGAAAAUUUUAGAAAAUGUCUAUAUCCUCCAUGUUUUAUGGAUAUAUUUUUCAGACAUAAAUAUUAUUGUAUAGCGCAAGUUGAAGAAGUAUCUGCAGAAAAUGCAUAUAUCGUUAGUUUUGAUAUAAUCGCAGCAAUUUUCAAAAUUUUAACUGGCCUAUGUGAAGGUUUAUCUUGUGUAGGUAGGGUGGGCAGUAAAGUAGGUAAAAUGGAUGUCCCUACAUACCAUGAUCCUUUACCAACUUUGGAAGAAAUCGAAACUAUGGAUUCUGAAGAAAGACUGAAGGUUUUUUUCAAAAUAUUGAAAUUAGAUUAUUCUUUCAAAACUCAUCUAUCUUCAUUUCCAUACUCAUGGCACCUUUAUAUCCUUGCCAUCAAAUAUGCCAUAGAUAGGUCUAAACUGAGCUGGCCUCUGAUAUAUGCUCUAAUUGUUUCAAAAAUUAUUCUUAGCUGUAUAGACUACAGAACUGGGUUUAUAAGAUCUGUAGCAACUUUCAUGAAAAAGCAUGCUGCAAAAUUGAGCAUGCCUUUAGAAAAUAGAGAUAUGGCUAUUGAUCCUAAAGAUGUUUCAGAUUGUUUAAAUCAAUUAUCAACUAUGGACGCAAUACAUUGUAUGAACAGUUUGUUACAAUAUUUCCAAAAAGACCAGAAAGUUGCAUCAAGCAGCAAAUUCUUUGAUAGAAGAUCAGUCCACUCAAUAUCCGAGUUUCAGAGUAUUCUUUUACACCUAAAAUAUCUGAAUAAUCUUUUGAAACAGCCAUUUCACGAUUUUAGCGUUUCUAGUUGUUUAAAUUGUACUUUUGUUUACAAUUUUACAGCGAAUUUAUCAAAACGCACAAAUAUUGAAACUUAUCUUGAUGGUCUGUUGUGCAAAGCACCCACUGUUCUAAAUACACUUCAUGUGAUCAUUAAUUCAAUUAAGGAAUUUUCUUGUGUUACUGUUGAAAAUACUAAUCCACCACCAAAAAAACGUAAAAAGAAGAAGAAAUCAACAUCUACUGUAAUUCCUGAUGAACAUUCUAAUAAUGAUUCAGAAGGAGAACCCUGGGUAGACUCGAACAACAAGUUUUCUUUAUUAAAAUCAUGAAGUUGGCACUUCCCUCCAAAUAAUCUGUAAUCCAAACUGGAUGAAAAGUUUGACGACUGCAUAAUUCUUUAAUUUGCUUAAUAUAAUGUCCGUCACUAUUUGCUGAUUCAUCUAAAACAAACGAGUUCUACUAGUCUCAAAAUUAAGUAUAAUAUGUCUUUUGUAUUUGCAAUUUCAUCCGUUUUUUUCAUUCGUAUUAGGUACAAAAAUAAUACAAUUUAUAAGAUCAUAAUUAAUUUCCUAUCUGAAUAUAAGAAUAUAUUUUAUGUUUCGAAGUUGUCAUAUAGUGUUUGACACUCAUAAGCUUGAAGUGAUUCUAUUUUUGUAUGAUAAUAUUCGUAAUUUUUAUGAUAAUCUAUAAAUGGGUUGAUUUUUGUUACUAGUUUUAUUUUAUCUGUACGUAUUUAAACAGAUUAGUUAUAAAAUUGUAUUUUAUUUUAAGAGCCCUUUUUUUGUAUCAUGUUUUUGUUUUGCAAAUAAACUUGGUAAAACACUUUUUUGUUAUUGAAUCUCUUCAAAAAUAAAAUAUAUACUGCGAAGUGUUCGUGAAAUAAACUUCAUAUGUGGAAUGCGGUUUUAUUCCAGUAAUUUGCAUAUUGGAUGCCAUUAUAAAAUUCUAUUGGCCCAUCUCUAAUCUUGUGUACAAUAGUGCUCAAGUGGCAACACUGCAAUAAGCACCGUAUGUCUGUCACGUCAAUUGUUAUCCAGAAGUAGGCGGGUGGGUGGUCCGGUGGUAUGAUUCAUUCUGCGAUAUAUGUAUCUGUAUAUAUUUUUUGGGUAACACUAUUUGAGGAGCAGACUUGCAAAUUGCAUUUUGUCCAUUUUUACCAAUUUUCAGAAGGAGCAAACAACUAGCACAGAAAAACUAACCACAAGAGAAAAUACUUCCGGGAUAAUAUAAGGUUGUCAGGUGCAUGGACUUCCAUCACAAGUUUUGGUACAAGAAAGUCGAAAAACAACUUGAAAAAAUAAAAAAAAAUUUUUUGGACGGAAUGCACCUUGAUUGCCUCUGGUGGACAAAAUGCAAUUUGAACGUCAUUGUCAAGCUAACAAAAAUAAAAAAUUGUGUUUUAUUUAAAAAAAGGUUUAUAUUCAAGCAUUAUAAUGAAAUAAAACAAAAUUUGUAAGUAUUAUAAUAAUA